AUUUGUAUGAUAUUGGCCUGUAUCAUUGGAUGUCUUGCUCUGAUCGUUCCGCCGUUGUUUUGGUCUGGUAGAGUAGCACGAAUUGGUGUAAGUGAGUCGAGAAGAUCAUAUGAAUCUCAGUUUACAGCAGGUGCUUUGGUGCUUGUUGGAUCAGCGACCUUCGCAAUAGCCAUAGAGGCAAAUUCAGAGUUUUUUGGAUUUUCUCUCAUUCUCUGCUGGAUCGCACCUGUGAUAUGUUUCGUUGGGGCACUUUGUCUAUAUUUGAAUACAAAAGACUGCACGGCAACAACAUCUGUAGUCCCUGCCCAAGGAACAACAAUAAUCCUUAAUAGCAGCACCAUCUCGAUCGAUACGAAUACCGGAUUUGCUCCGCAGGCUACCACCCCUUCCCAAUAACCAGAUGUCAACGCUGAGAACACUGAUUGAUGGCCAGACAUGAGUACCAAUCGGAGCACGAAAAUAGACAAGCCUG